AAUAUAUUUAAUGCUAGAUUUAAUGAAACUAAUUUGGUGUUUUGAAAGUUGCUAAUUUUUUCUAUAAAUUUGGUCAAACUUAAAAAAGUUUGAAUAGAAAAAAUUCGAAUCGAUUAUUACACCUCAAAGCAUUCAAUUUUGAAGAAAAACCAUCGUUUCGCUGGAUAAUUACGAACAAACCAUAUUUUCAAAACGUAAGUCAAACACCAAGUUAACUAGUUAAGUCAAUAUACUUUCGAAAAAUUUCAAGCAUCAAAGUAAUUUCAUUAAAAUCCACCCAAAAGGAUGUCUUGGUAGUGCAAUUAUUCAAAGCCAAAGCACUUCAAAAAUAUGGAAAGGAAGGAGUAGGCUCUAAAACGUGAAAAGAACGAGGUCCUUCUCGCGAAAAAGCCACGCACUCCACCGAACACCUCCACCUCUCCACGCCCUCCCUCCCUCCCUUCUCUCUCUCCCGCGCGUGACGACGAGGAGACUCCUCCCACCGAAUCGAACAACCAGCGUGCUCUCUCCUCCGAAUCCGCCGUCGACGAUGCCAUCCGCCGCGGCGGGCGACGGCAAGGGUAAGCGGCGGUUAGUGGGGAUGCCGCCGGCGAGGGCGGCGGCGGCGGACUUCGCGAUGGGCGGGGCGGCGGCGGUGGUGGCGAAGACGGGGGCGGCGCCGGUGGAGCGGGUGAAGCUGCUGCUGCAGAACCAGGCCGAGAUGCUCCGCCGCGGGAGCCUCACCCGCCCCUACAGGGGCAUCGCCGACGCCUUCGGCCGCGUGCUCCGCGAGGAGGGCGUCGCGGCGCUCUGGCGCGGCAACCAGGCCAAUGUCAUCCGAUACUUCCCCACUCAGGCUUUUAACUUCGCAUUCAAGGGCUACUUCAAGAGCAUCUUUGGCUACGACAAGGAGAAAGACGGAAAAUGGAAAUGGUUAGCUGGCAAUGUAGCAUCUGGCAGUGCUGCAGGGGCUACAACCUCAUCCUUGCUAUAUCAUCUGGAUUAUGCACGGACAAGGCUAGCUACUGAUGCAAUUGAAUCACAGGGAAGCAAACGUCAGUUCAGUGGGCUGCUUGAUGUCUACAAAAAGACACUUAAAACUGAUGGUAUUCGUGGAUUAUAUCGAGGUUUCAGUGUGUCCAUUGUGGGUAUCACUCUAUAUCGAGGUCUCUAUUUCGGAAUCUAUGAUACCAUGAAGCCUCUUAUUCUAGUGGGACCACUGCAGGAAAAUUUCUUCGCCAGUUUUGCCUUGGGCUGGGCAAUAACUACGUUCUCUGGAGCCUGCGCCUAUCCAUUUGAUACACUCCGUCGCAGAAUGAUGUUAACUUCUGGGCAGCCAUUGAAAUAUAAGAACGCCUUCCAUGCAGCAAAACAGAUAGUUUCUACUGAAGGGUUCUUCACACUAUUCAGAGGGGUCGGCGCAAAUAUUCUCUCAGGAAUGGCAGGAGCUGGAGUUCUUGCUGGGUAUGACCAGCUCCACCGGUUUGCAGGUCAACAUGGUUACAAUUUUGAGAGCAAGAUGAAAGGGGCAUUGAAAUGAUGUGCAAAUGGGGAUAAAUAGAGGCAUAUCCUUGGUUGAAGUUUGGAUUGGCCAAAUGGGAUGUAUGAGCUUGGAUAAUCAAGCGGGCGAAACAGAACUCCAGAUACUCCUGCAGUUGAUAGGAUUGACGGCGAAGAGAACAGCUUUUGCAGGAUGUAUACUUUCAAGGAGCGGAGAUGAAGUCAGAAUCAAAAGAUAGCUCUUGCGGUAGAAAGAAUGUCAAUAAUUCUGAAACCUGAUUCUUGAAGUGUGAAUAUCGAUCGAAAGUUAGAUCGUACUCGCGCUACCAAUGCCUUGAUGUGAACUGUAAAUAGAACUUGUGGAAUUGCUCCAUUGAAUAACCUUUCUGGUGUAGUAUACCACAUUUGUACUACUGUAUAGCCAAAAACAAAUUAAUAACAAACCUCUGGGUGUUCCGAGGAUUGGAGUCGGGUCCCAAAGCGAGAAUCAUACCAUCAGAAUCUUUCACACCAUCCUGUUUAUAAUGGCCCGCAGGAAAUCAAGAUAGUUGAUUCGACCAAAAGAGAUGUACCAUCUUGAUUCGUCCGUUGAUGGUGUUAUUCUUUUACACUGUAUAGAUAUACCUAGAUUGUAUUUUUGAUCUGUGAUCUGAUUUAGAUUAUUCUUGUACACUAUGCAAAACAUUCUCUGGCUUAAACAUAGAAUGCAUAUUACCUUUGUGGUGCUUCCU